AUGGGUUCAGUCAGCAAAGCCAAUGUUCCAAAGAUCGAUGUUUCUCCCCUGUUUGGAGACGACCAAGCAGCCAAAAUGAGAGUAGCCCAGCAAAUCGACGCCGCUUCGCGUGAUACUGGGUUUUUCUACGCCGUCAACCAUGGGAUCAAUGUGCAGCGACUCUCGCAGAAGACCAAGGAGUUUCAUAUGUCUAUCACACCUGAGGAAAAGUGGGACCUUGCGAUUCGUGCCUACAACAAAGAGCACCAGGACCAAGUCCGUGCCGGAUACUACCUGUCCAUCCCCGGGAAAAAGGCAGUCGAGUCCUUCUGCUACCUUAACCCGAACUUCACGCCCGAUCAUCCCCGUAUCCAGGCCAAGACUCCCACUCACGAGGUAAACGUGUGGCCAGACGAGACCAAGCACCCUGGUUUCCAAGACUUUGCCGAGCAGUAUUACUGGGAUGUUUUCGGUCUCUCUUCUGCACUGCUCAAGGGCUACGCCUUGGCAUUAGGCAAAGAGGAGAAUUUCUUCGCUCGCCACUUCAAGCCAGACGAUACUCUUGCCUCGGUUGUGCUGAUCCGCUACCCUUACCUGGAUCCCUACCCCGAGGCUGCUAUCAAGACGGCGGCCGACGGCACCAAACUGAGUUUUGAGUGGCAUGAGGAUGUAUCCCUAAUCACUGUGCUUUACCAGUCCAACGUGCAGAACCUGCAGGUAGAAACUGCUGCCGGGUAUCAAGAUAUCGAGGCCGACGAUACUGGCUACUUGAUCAACUGCGGCAGUUACAUGGCACAUCUCACAAACAACUACUAUAAAGCGCCCAUCCAUCGGGUGAAAUGGGUUAAUGCAGAGCGCCAGUCCCUGCCAUUCUUCGUCAACCUGGGAUACGACAGCGUGAUUGAUCCAUUUGAUCCCCGAGAACCCAAUGGCAAGUCUGAUCGGGAGCCACUCUCCUACGGCGACUAUUUGCAAAACGGGCUGGUGAGUUUGAUCAACAAGAACGGCCAGACCUAGAAGCGAGGGGUGUGGAACUAGCAGAUAGCACCUGUGGACGGGAGUUGGAUUUAGCAUUAUCCUUUUAGGGAAUUGAGAACUAAGAAGAAGCGAGUUCGAGAAAAUUAGAGAGGCGCUACACCAUUUUAGCUAGUUUAAUUCUUCUACAUUUUG